GAGGCAGACCCACCCACACUCAUACGCUGAGGUUAAAAAUCACAUAUCACUGUGCACAUCUUUAGACGGAGUUAAGAAGUUAACCGGUAACAAGGGGACACCGGAGCAGUGAAUGACAGUCUUUUCAAUGACUUAACUGUGUGUUAGUACCCACUCUCUGUGGAGGAGGAAGAGUGUGUUCAGUCCGGCUCAUUGCCUCAGCAGUAAUGUAAUCUGAUGUCUUCACAAAUUCAAGAAGAGAAGACAUCAAAACACCAUAUACAACACCGAAGUGCCACACAGUGGAAAGGAGUUGUCUGACAUCAGAUAUUUCCUCAACUAUCCAAUCCAACAUCUUGUUCAGUAUGCCUCUGUACAUCCAUGCCUUGGCAUGUGCUUUCGGUCUGGGCUCCUGGGUGUCCAUCAAUGGCUUGUGGGUGGAGCUUCCUCUGAUCGUCAAUGUUCUGCCGGAGGCCUGGGAUUUACCCUCGUACCUCACAGUCAUCAUUCAGUUUGCUAACUUAGGUCCUCUGCUGGUGACCCUGGCACACAAAUUCUGUCCCGGGCGACUACGUGAACAUCUGGUCAUCUAUGUGGUCUUGUCAAUUGGUGUUGUAGCUUGUGUCCUGCUUGCUGUGUUUUGGAAGAACACCACCGUGAUCCUCGGGCAACCGCAUAGCACAGCAUUUUUCAUUCUCACGUUUUUUCUCGCUCUAGUUGACUGCACCUCAUCCGUCACCUUCCUGCCGUUCAUGAUGCAACUUCCAGCCAAAUACAUCACCACAUACUUCAUUGGAGAAGGUCUGAGCGGUCUGGUCCCAGGGCUGGUGGCGCUGGCGCAAGGAGUCGGGAUGGCGAAAUGUGUCAAUGUGUCGCACGUUUUGGAUAACCUCACUGAGCCCGAACCUUCAACCUUCAUCAUGGAGACACAGUACCUCCCUCCUAAUUUCUCAACUGAGAUCUUCUUCUCCUUCUUGGCCAUAAUGACAGCAAUAAGCUUGGGUUCCUUCAUCAUAUUAAACCGCAUGCCUCGUACAUUUGAACUUUCCACUGAAAAUCUCGUCCCGGACUCAGAUGCUGUCGCAACAGUCUGCAGGGGUUUGGAAGGCCCUAUGGACCCCAAUCCAAAGACAAACAAUCCAGAAGAAGAGGAAAAACUGAGAAACGGAGUUCUGCUUCCUAAACCGCUGCACUCCGGUUAUCAGCUAGCAUUUAUCUAUUUAAUGGUUCUGUGGGUGAACGGUGCAACAAACGGACUGCUGCCCUCAGUGCAGACGUUCUCCUGCAUGCCUUAUGGAAAUAUGGCCUAUCACCUGUCAGCUGCUCUCUCGGCGGUAGCCAAUCCAGUGGCCUGCAUCAUUGCCAUGUUUUUCCCUAAACGUUCAUUAGUAUUUCUGGGCAUCCUGUGUCUGCUGGGCUCUGUUUUUGGAGGCUACAAUAUGGCCAUGGCUGCCAUGAGUCCCUGCCCCUUACUCCAAGAUACACCCUUAGGGGACGCUAUUAUAGUUUUGUCCUGGGUGUUCUUCACUGGUCUGCUGUCCUAUGUGAAGGUGAUGGUGGGUGUGAUUCUGAGGGACCGGAGUCACAGUGCCCUCGUUUGGUGUGGAGCAGCAGUUCAGGCAGGCUCUUUGUUAGGCUCCAUCAUUAUGUUUCCCCUGAUUAACAUCUAUCACCUCUUCCAAUCGGGAGACGUUUGCAACACCGUAUGCCCAUUAUAAUACGUGUCUAAGAAGACUAUUUGGGGAAUGAACUUUUACACUCUGAGCUAAUGAUGGUGACCUAACGUUUAACGAACAUUUGGCACUUCCUUAGAUCUGCUUUCAUGCUCUUCUCUUUUAUUUUCACAUUAACUUAACUUUUGUGCAUUUAUUUUUUAUUUUUAUAAUUGUGGAUUAUUAUUUAUGAUGUUGUGAGUUCCUGAUAUCUGGAAACAUCCACAAGUGGUUUGUGGAUUACCAGUAUAUUUCCUUCCAAUAUUAAAGCAAAAUCUGAUGGUUAAAUCAUUCAAUAAUUUUUCAUUGUAAAUGCUAUUAUAGAGUUAAAUGAAUGUUCUCUGUUGAAUGAAUGUUCAAGUGAAGCACUAUCAGUUCUGUGGUGUGUUGUCAGUUACCACAGAUAAUAAUUUUGGCUCGCCUCUCAAUCUGUAUCUCAAUCAGUCUACAGACUUGUGUGGGUGUAUUGUUCUCUUUGUAAACAGUCGUCUUCUGUUCCUUGCUUAUAUUAUGUGAAAGCUUCAUGGUUUAAUGGCUUUGUAUGGUCAUUAUAGGAGUUUUUUGAUAAAACGUGUUAAACAUUUUUUUUUUACUUUUUUUUUUUUUACUUGAAAGGCUUGUUGCCAUACUUUCAACACUUUUUUUUUUUU